AUGAGCCGUGGAAAGAACGCCUACAAACGAGGAAACAAGACAUUGGCCUGGUAUCUAGGAGAGAAACUCUUGGACAAGGUGGACACUCAAGGUGGGUUCGCGCUUUCUAGUUUGUAGAAUGGGUUUAGUUCUGGUUUCCCGGAAAUUCUUGGAGAAUUUCGCUGGUACAUAAAAUCUCUAAAAUAAAUCUUUUGUGAUGGAUAAUGCAAAGGGGUCUUCUACUCCUAAUUAAUUAGGAGAUUGCUCUCUUCUGUCCCGUGAAUCUUGAAUCCCUUCCGAUUACCUUGACCUUUUUGUCCUUUUGUGUUGCACUUUGCCAGUCACAUGGUCUGCCGGGAUAUCCUUUUUUUAUCCGAAUGCACUUUCAUUGAACUUUUUAGAUAAUUCCGGGAAUAUUCCUAUUUCGGGAGGAGCACGGUGCCGUUAGUACCAUGCCGAGAAUGCAAAGUGCAACCCUUUUUUGAGCGUAAUUCUGUACUCUAUUAGACUCCCAUUGCUGCACUUAAGACUUAGUGCAGAUGGGAGGGUCCGAACUUUGAGCAUUUGUUCUCGAAAAGUGCAUAUCGUGGACAAUUCCAGCAUACAAAUUCUUAUUCCUCAUUCAUUCCAGAUAUCGAGGUGGACCCGAAACGCAAGAAUUCUGUGGAUUCAGAAUCCUCGAUGAACUCGAUGCAUGUGAAUCAAGAGGCCGAGCCGCGGCCCAAGAAGGAGAAGAAGCCCCGGCAGAAUCGACGACGUAAUGUCUCCGAGCAGUCGGAUAAGAUCGAAGAGACCUUCGAAUCGCCCGAGCCUCAGACGACUCCGGAGCCAGUCAAAGAGAGCUACUGGUACUACGAUCAGACUUCGGAUGGGUUCUACUACGAACACAAUGGAUCCAGAGGAUGGAGAAAGAGGAACCCGAAGCUCCAUGGGAAUCCUCCCACCAAUCUGCAGAAGAAGACUUUUGAGACCGAACCGAAUGAGACGCCUGCUCCACAGACCAUCGAGAAGGUAAGCAUCCAAUUACACUACUAAUUAGAGUAAUGAGUGGGUACCUAGAAUUCAGUGAUUCUGCGAGGGAACCCUUUAUACUGUAAUUUCCCCCUUUUUUCUUUUGCAGUAAAAAUUCAUUUAGAAAUGAGAUUAGCCGGGGAUUAGUCAUCAGUAUAAUAAAAUUUCUACUUUUAUUUUUUCCGACUCCACAUCAUUUUGUCCGACGUAAAAGGCAAGGAGCACUUACGUCUGACCCUAAGUUGUGAACUAAUAACACGCAAUUCCACGUCAAUUCACGUCUAUUUUUGCUCAAUAUUAGUUCUUUUCAGAAGGUGUAUGUGCCAGUGCCGGUUCCAGUGUUCCCGACCCAGGCAUCCAGCAAAUUGUUUAAUCAGGCAGCCCAACCUGCGACUCUUCCCAACAUCAAGUGAGUAAUUCUUAUUUUUUUAUUUGUCUCCCGGUUAGACUUUGUUUUUCGGUAUGAUUCAUAACCAACUCAUGUUUUUUAAAAGUUGAGUUUUGAACUCUUGGAGGUUAAUCGAGAUUUUGUAUUCGGGUUUUUUCGGAGGAAUCGGAAAUGUUGUUUAUAGUACGAUUUUUACCUUAUACUGGAGGGUAAUUACUGACUAUUUCCUGUUUUUAGGUAUUACGAUCCUUCAACUGAUGGAUUCUUCUAUGAGAUGGCGUCGGUGAACGGAUGGACUCGCAGACGACCGUCCAGUUCACAGAUCGGUCAAAAGGCGGAUGGGUCUUCAAUGGCCAGGGAGAUGACCAAUCAUGAGGUCGAGGAGCUGGUCUUGAGCAAGGUCGAUGCGAAUGGAGCCCCCAAAUUGAACAUUGCGAUGGCCCAACUCUUGGCCAGACAAAUGUCGAAGAACCAACAGAACCAGCAGACAGUUGACGACUAUCCGUCUUCUUCGUCAACGGUCUCAUCAACACAUUCGGAUGACGUCACUCCCCCUCCACCAUCGGUUCAGAAUCCGAAUACGCAAAAGGAUUUGAAUGUGGGAUCAUUCGAAGAACCCUACGAGUUUUAUUGGAGCGAUAAUGAGAAGAAUGAGAAGGGUAUUGAACCUGCAUCAUCAACUUCCAGUGUCGAUGAAUUCGUGAAGCCCAAUCCAUUGAGUGCAUUCUUCGGAGAAAUGUGUUUGGAAGAUCAGAACAGACCUUUGAGGCCCGAUUCUUUGAAGUGAGUUUACUUUUGUUUACUUGAUUUUACAUAAAUUAUGAUUGUUUUGUCAAUACUGACGGGUCCUUUUCAGAAUCAAAAAUCAGCUGAAUGCUGGGAAUGAUAAGCGACUUCCACGUUUCAACGUCGACCAAUUCAUCGCCGAUUUGCCCAUGGGAGACGCGGACCACUUCCUGAACAAUCUGAAUUCCCUGGCUACUCCAUUGUCGUUGGAUUCUCCAGCUCAUUUCAGUCAUUUCCCCACAAAGGACUCGCCUUUUAUGACUCCAGUUGUAAAUCAGAAGGAAGCCGGCUGGAACAGGAUGGAUCACGCUUCUCUUGACUUAGAACGUGGACUCCGAGACCUCGAGAGAUUCUGGAAUUGA